AUGGAUUGCAUUAAUGGGACUAGUUGUGCCGACCCCUGUGACAACUACACUGCACUACAUGAUGAGUGGCGUUCAACUAAUAAUACAAUGAAUCAGGUCCUACACUGUGACAGAAAUGUUAACUGGCAAGGCUGGUAUCGCCUGUUCCUGGGGCAAACCAGUGCUCAUAUUCCAGAAAGAUGUGUGGCUGAGAACAGAUGUGGAACCCAUGCUCCUCUGUGGAUAACAGAACCUCAUCCCACACAGUCAAAUGAAAUUGUAAAUCGCACUGUGUGCAAUGCCUGGAGCGGCAGCUGCUGCCUAUUUCCCUCACACAUCAUCCAGGUCAAGCUCUGCUAUGGAAACUACUAUGUCUACAAACUUGUGAAGCCAUCAGUUUGCCAUCUUGCAUACUGCGCAGAGGUUAACCGAACAGAACCUGCAGUUGCUUCAACCACAUCUGAUCCAAGACCACAAAGCUCCACCACCGCUCAUCCUCCCACCAGCACCAGAUCAGUCCCCUCUUCCCAGACUGUCCAGUUCAACUGUGAACAUAAUGUUUGUCCCUUAGGUAUGGACUGCAUUAAUGGUACUAGUUGUGCCGACCCCUGUGACAACUACACUGCACUACAUGAUGAGUGGCGUUCAACUAAUAAUACAAUGAAUCCGGGCCAAUACUGUGACAGAAAUGUUAACUGGCAAGGCUGGUAUCGCCUGUUCCUGGGGCAAACCAGUGCUCAUAUUCCAGAGAGAUGUGUGGCUGAGAACAGAUGUGGAACCCAUGCUCCUAUGUGGAUAACAGAACCUCAUCCCACACAGUCAAAUGAAAUUGUAAAUCGCACUGUGUGCAGUUCCUGGGCGAGCAACUGCUGCAGAUUUCGCACACACAUCAUCCACGUCAAGCUCUGCUAUGGAAACUACUAUGUCUACAAACUUGUGAAGCCGAUUGGAUGCUCUUUUGCAUACUGUGCAGAGGUUAACCGAACAGAACCUGCAGUUGCUUCAACCACAUCUGAUCCAAGACCGCAAAGCUCCACCAUCGCUCAUCCUCCCACCAGCACCAGAUCAGUCCCCUCUUCCCAGACUGUCCAGUUCAACUGUGAACAUAAUGUUUGUCCCUUAGGUAUGGACUGCAUUAAUGGGACUAGUUGUGCCGACCCCUGUGACCACUACACUGCACUACAUGAUGAGUGGCGUUCAACUAAUUAUACAGUGUAUCAGGGCAACCACUGUGACCGAUAUGUUAAUUGGCAAGGCUGGUAUCGCCUGUUCCUGGGGCAAACCAGUGCUCAUAUUCCAGAGAGAUGUGUGGCUGAGCGCAGAUGUGGAACCUAUGCUCCUAUGUGGAUAACAGAACCUCAUCCUACACAGUCAAAUGAAAUUGUAAAUCGCACUGUGUGCAGUUCCUGGAGCGGCAGCUGCUGCUAUUUUCGCUCAUACAUCAUCCAGGUCAAGCUCUGCUAUGGAAACUACUAUGUCUACAAACUUGUGAAGCCAUCAGUUUGCAAUCUUGCAUACUGUGCAGAGGUUAACCGAACAGAGCCUGCAGUUGUUUCAACCACAUCUGAUCCAAGACCGCAAAGCUCCACCACCGCUCAUUCUCCCACCAGCACCAGAUCAGUCCCCUCUUCCCAGACUGUCCAGUUCAACUGUGAACAUAAUGUUUGCCCCUUAGGUAUGGACUGCAUUAAUGGGAUUAGUUGUGCCGACCCCUGUGACCACUACACUGCACUACAUGAUGAGUGGCGUUCAACUAAUAAGCAUAAGGGCCUACACUGUGACAGAAAUGUUAACUGGCAAGGCUGGUAUCGCCUGUUCCUGGGGCAAACCAGUGCUCAUAUUCCAGAGAGAUGUGUGGCUGAGAACAGAUGUGGAACCCGUGCUCCUCUGUGGAUAACAGAACCUCAUCCUACACAGUCAAAUGAAAUUGUAAAUCGCACUGUGUGCAAUGCCUGGAGCGGCAGCUGCUGCAGAUUUCGCUCACACGUCAUCCAGGUCAAGCUCUGCUAUGGAAACUACUAUGUCUACAAACUUGUGAAGCCAUCCACAUGCCAUCUUGCAUACUGCGCAGAGGUUAACCGAACAGAGCCUGCAGUUGCUUCAACCACAUCUGAUCCAAGACCGCAAAGCUCCACCACCGCUCAUUCUCCCACCAGCACCAGAUCAGUCCCCUCUUCCGAGACUGUCCAGUUCAACUGUGAACAUAGUGUUUGUCCCUUAGGUAUGGACUGCAUUAAUGGGACUAGUUGUGCCGACCCCUGUGACCACUACACUGCACUACAUGAUGAGUGGCGUUCAACUGAUUAUACAGUGUAUCAGGGCAACCACUGUGACCGAUAUGUUAAUUGGCAAGGCUGGUAUCGCCUGUUCCUGGGGCAAACCAGUGCUCAUAUUCCAGAGAGAUGUGUGGCUGAGCGCAGAUGUGGAACCUAUGCUCCUAUGUGGAUAACAGGACCUCAUCCUACACAGUCAAAUGAAAUUGUAAAUCGCACUGUGUGCAGUUCCUGGAGCGGCAGCUGCUGCUAUUUUCGCUCAUACAUCAUCCAGGUCAAGCUCUGCUAUGGAAACUACUAUGUCUACAAACUUGUGAAGCCAUCAGUUUGCAAUCUUGCAUACUGUGCAGAGGUUAACCGAACAGAGCCUGCAGUUGCUUCAACCACAUCUGAUCCAAGACCGCAAAGCUCCACCACCGCUCAUUCUCCCACCAGCACCAGAUCAGUCCCCUCUUCCCAGACUGUCCAGUUCAACUGUGAACAUAAUGUUUGCCCCUUAGGUAUGGACUGCAUUAAUGGGAUUAGUUGUGCCGACCCCUGUGACCACUACACUGCACUACAUGAUGAGUGGCGUUCAACUAAUAAGCAUAAGGGCCUACACUGUGACAGAAAUGUUAACUGGCAAGGCUGGUAUCGCCUGUUCCUGGGGCAAACCAGUGCUCAUAUUCCAGAGAGAUGUGUGGCUGAGAACAGAUGUGGAACCCGUGCUCCUCUGUGGAUAACAGAACCUCAUCCUACACAGUCAAAUGAAAUUGUAAAUCGCACUGUGUGCAAUGCCUGGAGCGGCAGCUGCUGCAGAUUUCGCUCACACGUCAUCCAGGUCAAGCUCUGCUAUGGAAACUACUAUGUCUACAAACUUGUGAAGCCAUCCACAUGCCAUCUUGCAUACUGCGCAGGUAUUGUUCAAUUUGAAACAUCUUUUAACUGAUGUAAAAAUUCAAUUUCCUGGUUUAUGGAGGUUCUCAUCCCAUCACAACUCAUUUGUGGCCGUGAUAAACUUCAAGUAGGCCUGGAUGUGGCUAGCAUGACGUCCUCUGGCUUGAAUCCGUUCACUGGCAACCUGGCAGCCCGCAACUGCUCCUCAGUCAGAGUACUUGAUGGUGUAGUUUGGUACAAAGUGGAGGCCCAGGCAGGAGCCUGUGGAAACACACUGACGACCAACAACACACAUGCCAUCUACUCCAACACUUUAUUCAUCUAUCCAAUGGACAACACAUCCUUCGCUGUUCCUGUGAGUCUUCCCUUCUCCUGUGCCUAUCCUUUGGACACAAGCACCAGCCUGAAUGUGGCCAUCAGACCAUUCCUGGAACUGGCAGGUGGCAUUUCAGGCUCAGGUGCCAAAGCCAGAGCCUCCAUGUUUCUGUUCCGCAACUCCACCUACACAGAGACUUAUCCAGCAGGCCAAGUCACCCUGCCGGUGGGCUCGCCGCUGUACGUGGGGGUCUCUGUGGAUGAGAGGGAUACAAACUUUGCAGCUGUUCUGGAAGACUGCUACGCCACUCACUCUUCAAACCCUGACGAUCCCGUGCGAUACUCUCUCAUCCAGAACAAGUGUCCCACUGACCGCCGACAGGUGUCUGUGAUUGAGAGCGGCUCAUCUCGAAGGGCUCGUUUCUCUGCCCUGUUCUUCCUGCCGCAGGGUGAAUACAGAGACGUUUUCCUUCACUGCAGCCUCAGAUUGUGUGACCAGAGGAGCUCCUCAUGUGUUCCAUCUUGCACAAGAAGAGCACGUCGUUCCCUUUCAACCUCUGCUCCUAUGAAGCCACUGACUAUUGGACCAAUCAUGUGGGACAAGUCACCGGAGUGA